GCAUCACAUCUGGAGAAGGGAGCUACUUGCUGAAUCAGUUGAUUCCGGCAUCAAUGAUCUUCUAUAAUAUAUAAUUAAAUCGCCCGACAGUUUCUGAUGUGCGAUUCUCAAUUACGUGCCGGAUUUUAACGUCUCUUGAUAACAACGGAAGAAGUGUUGCACCCACAUGGGCAGUGUUCUGGCUUUGUCUUCUGGUCCGGGCCAUCAAAACUGGCCUUUCUCAACGGACCGCCCUCCUUCUCGCUGGGACGCACAUCCUGCUCACUGGGACAGUCCACCACGCUGGGAGAGGAGAGAUGGCCGCCUACCCAACCCAGGCAGCUUUCACUCUCUCCACAGAAGCUGCAAAGAUGUGUUUCCUCAACAGAUUGAGGGAGUCAAGAUGAUCCUCAAUAAAACUCUGAGCAGCUUCUUCAAGAUCAGUCAUGCUCUCCACCUCAGUGCUGUUAGUCCUUCGUACUAUAGAUUCCACGUGGAGCAUCUGCAGUCUGAUGAUUACAGCAAAGACAAGGAUGCCCCAGCAUUGAUCGGAGAGAUGGACUCUUCAGGCAGUCUGAAUGCUCACGCUCUGCUGCAUCUCACGGAGCGCGUACGAGCCAGAACAGUGUUCCAGACCCAGCAGUCCCAGUUUGUAACGUGGCAGUUUGAAACUGAGUACAGAGGGAACGACUUCACUGCUGCUGUGACAGUUGCCAAUCCAGACGUCCUCAGAGAGUCAGUUAUCCUUGUGGCACACUUCCUGCAGAGUGUGUCUUCUGGGCUGGUUUUAGGAGGGGAGCUGGUAUACCAUCGGGGCCGAGCAGAGGAAGGAGGAAUUCUUACUCUGGCUGGACAGUACUCAAGACCCAACUGGGUUGCAACCCUGAAUGCUGGCAAAGGAGGUGCCCAUGCUAGCUACUAUCACAGGGCCAACAAACAGAUCCAAGUCGGCGUGGAAUUUGAAGCUAGUACCAGGACGCAGGAGACCACAACCUCAUUUGGGUACCAGAUGGAACUCCCAGAGGCCAACAUGGUCUUUCGAGGUAUGAUAAACAGUCGGUGCAUAAUAGGAGGCGUUUUGGAGAAACGUCUAACCCCGCUCCCUGCGACCCUGAUUAUGGGUGCCUUUGUAAAUCACAGAGGUGACAAGCUGCAAGUGGGCCUCGGCAUCAACGUGGGAUAAUCCUCCACUAACCCCCGCUGUAGUUACAGCUCGCUGUCAGGAUAUCCAUCCAGAGACCUGUUUCAGAGGCUUUAUAAUGACCUGAUCUUCCAAGUUAAUACACUUGAACCACCUGAGUAUGGUGGAUUUGUUUUAGUGUUUAAGCCCAAAAUUGGGCUUGCAACCUACCUCUCAAAAUGGAGGCGAUGUUUUCUGAUUGGAUUGAACAGAAACAAUGGAUGAACAUUUUGAGGGGCUCAACAACUGUGACUGGGGAUGUGUUCCUCUCCCCCUGAAACCAAACUGCACAUCAUCUUAUGGACAACGGAUACAGAAAGGAUGAGAGGCGCACUGUACUGUAAACUGAAAAUAACUUUUUUUUUUACUGUAAGUAUACUAUAUACUAUAACACAUAGAAUAUAUUAAAAGAUAUUUGUCUUUUUCACGUUUUAGCCCAUUAACUAUAAUUCUUGUUUACCUGACUUUUCUGCUGACCAUUUCCUAAAGAAAAAAGUGUACUUGUGGAAACAGGAAAUAUAUUUAGGGUUGGUAAUACAAAUUGACAAUAUUCUUUUCUCAAUGUCCAAGGUUUUCUGGUUGUUGUUUUUUUUUUUAACCCUAACCCUAGAGGAUCAUUCUAAAAAAGGGGUCGGCAGAAAUGUAAAAUUGUGCUAAAACGCCAGUGGGAUCCUUAAAACUGUGUGCAUGAGUAAGUGAUUGUGUGUUUGAUAGUGUGCACAUCUUUUUGUUUUGCCAGCAUGUGAGAUACCACACAUGAACAAACAGCCUGUUGACUGUAAGAGAAAAGGUGCUGCUCCAUAUACUAACCUCUCGCUGAGGGAUGUGAGAGUGGCAAUGCACUGACUCUGCUGAGCCAGGACUGUACUGUAUGUAUAUUGUAGAUGAAGGCAUGUGGAAACACUGCCCUGUAUGCAACCUGCACUACUCUAGCUGCUUUGGGGUAUUUCCAGUCCUGUUUAACAUAUGAAAAGUUGUAUUAUUUAUACAUUAUGUAAUAUAAGCAUAGAUAUGUGGAAGGGAGAGACUGUCAUUUUGACUUAAUUUAUUAAAGAUGUUAUUUCUAUCAUAA